GGAGGAGGAGUCGGGGCCUGACUCAGACCAAGUCCCAGGCACUCUGAGGGUGAAGUGGCAAGAGGAGGAGGAGGGGCUCCGGCUGGUCUGUGGAGAGGGCACAGGGGAUGCAGCAGGGAACAAGACCUGGCCCCACGGAGCUUCCCGUCCACUGGAGGAGACUGACAGCCAUGAACACCCCAGUCCCAGCGCGCCAAGUCACCUGCCCAAUAGUGUGGGGGUGGGGCUAUGAACCCAGUGAGAACCUCUCCCUCAGAGUCCCUGUUGGAGUGGCAACGUGACACUUGAGAGGUGACCCUCAAACAUCUGAGCCCCCUUCUGGGCUGUGAGAGCCCCAAGACCUGGGAUGCCUUUGCUUUGCCUCCACUGUAUCCCAGGGGCCUGUCUCCACAGUCCAUGCUAAUGAAUAUUUGUAGACUAAGUGAGGAAGAGGUACAUCCCCGCCAUUGGUCAUCACCGGGCUGGAAAUCCAGGGAUACCUCUGGCCCUGCCAGCCCUCCAUCCUGAGCUAGUCAGCAGCUCAUGGAUCCUGCCUCCAAAUCCUUCCCCUUUUCUGUUUCUUGUCUUAUCUGGCCUGGUCCAAGUUCUCCUCAUCCUCCCUGGAUAACUCCUCCCUGGGCACCCCCGUCCACCACUCAGAGUGAUAUAUUUUAAUGAAAAUGAUCUCCCUUAGAAAAAGGCAAGGAAUACACAAAUUCCUGCUUGUUGUGAACAUUUCAAGAGAACAGAAGCCCACAGAGUAAAGAAGGGAAAGCCCCUCUCUUCGCCUCUCCCCAUUAUCAGUUUGCUAUCUAUCUUCCAGAGCCUUACCCUGGCUCCCCAGCGAGUUCUCCUUUCAGCCUCUUGUUGCAUUUCCUGCCACUCUCGUGUCUCCACCUCAUGGUUCCCUUGUCUGGGAUACUUCCACGUACCCCUAGCCUACCCUUUGCUCUCAGCACUCUCUCCCUCCCCAUCACUUCCUGAGACGCACACCAGUCAGUUCCCAUUGGAUAUGCCAGGGCGUGGGGAGUGGCUUUUUCUUUAAUUCUCAGUACUGUUUCACAUAUCACAACAAACAUGCCUCAUUAUUUUUAACUUUUUAUUUUGAUAUAAUUAUAGAUUCAUAGCAAGUUGCAAACACAGUGCAGAAAGGUCCUGUGUACCCUUCCCCCAGUUUCCUCCAUUGGUUACAACCUAUGUAACCAUAGGGAACACAACCAGGACGCUGGUAUUGCUGUGAAGUGUGUAUACAGUUGUCCUUUUGUCACUUGUAGAUUUGUGUGACCAUCAAGAUACAGCACUAUUUCAUCACCACAAAGAUCUCCCUCUUGCCACCCCUUUUUGGUCAUAACUCAUCCCUGUCCCCCAACCAUCUCUAACCCCUGGCAACCACUAAUCUGUUUUUCAUCUCUAUUAUUUGAAUUUUGAAAAGCAUCAACUAAAAAACAUUGAAUAACAAAACAUCAAAGAAAGUAAAUGACAGGUGAGGGAGCAGAAGUGGAGGUAAGCUUGCUCAGUGGUGAAAGGAAUUAUAAAUCUACUGACUGGGCCAGCUCUGGGAGUAGGUUCCCUGCCCUGCAUCUGCAGGGUCCCUCCCAGGCCCACUCAUAUAGGGUGACGUGUGACGUAGGUGGACAGCACCAUCUUCGCUGUUCAGUCCAUGCCUUACCCAGCCCAUGUGAGAAAGAACAAGGAGCAGGUUAGCAACAAGAGCCCGCAGCCUUGGUUAUUUCUUCUUGUUCCUCUUGCCCCACUGGUAGGAACUGCUUUGCCUGGGGUCCUUCUCUCCCACUGGCCCCUCAGUUCUAAAAGGUGGGAGUUGAGCUUCCUCUCUGUGGCUUCCCCAGCUCUCGGCUGAAGGACGGUUGAGUGAGGCAGGGGGAUAGACGAGAUGCCCCUCACUCCCACUCUUGGGCUGGGGGCAGCUCCAGUAUUCAUUCUGGGCCCUGUGCUCCCCCAGUCCAUUCCUGUGUGCCUCUGCUCGCAGCUCCCUGUUGCUCUCUGGAAUCUAUGCCAGGGGAUGGAGAGGUGGGAAGCAGACCCCACAUCCCUCAAACCCCUCCUGUAGACCAGUCCUUUACUUGGAACAUAAUGUUAGGUGACCUGGGUUCAAAUACCAGCUCUGCUACUUAGCCGUGUGACUUUGGGCAGGACACUUAACCUCUCUGGGUCAAUGUCGGCGUCUAGAAUGGCAGUACCUACCUCAUGCUGUUGUUACAGGCAUUAAACGCGUUAAUGUGUGUAGAGUGCUCAGAACGAGGCAUGGCACACAUAAGUGCUAUAUAAACAUUUGCCAUUAUUUGAAAUAUUCCUCAUAAUAAUUCUGCAUUACCCCGAGGUAAGCACCAGCAUUCCCAUUUUACAGGUGAGGAAACAGAGCAGGUUCAGAGAGGUUAUAUGACUACCCUGGGGUGACAGCGAAACUAAAUGGUGCUGGCAGGACUGAAACUCAGGUGUUGGACCCCAGGGCCUGAGGCCCCUGCAUUGUCCCAAAACAGCCAGGCGUCCCUGUGCAGGACCUUAAACCGGGCCGAGCCUCUGCUUUCCUUUCAGUAGGGGCGGGGCGGGGUGGGGGUGGCAGCAGCCCCCGUCCCAUCCGCCGGGAGGGGCUGGAGGCACCCGUGCCCACCUGGCCCGCCCGCCGCCCGCAGAUGGCCUACCAGGUAGUGGAGAAGAGCGCGGCGUUGGGCGCCCUGGAGGCGGAGCUGGAGCAGCGGCAAAGCAGGCUGGCGGAGCUGGAGGCCCGCGUGGCGCAGCUGCAGGAGGAGCGAACGCAGCAGGCGCAGCGGGUGCACGUUCGGCGCGCGCGGAACGCAGGACAACGGGCGGCCUACGAAGCGCUGCGCGCGCACGCCGGCGUCCAGGAGGCGGCCCUGCGCAGGCUCGAGGAGGAGGCGCGCGAGCUGCUGGAGCGGCUCGUGCAGCGCAAGGCGCGCGCCGCCGCCGAGCGCAACCUGCGCAACGAGCGCCGCGAGAGGGCCAAGCAGGCGCGGGUGUCCCAGGAGCUGAAGAAGGCUGCCAAGCGGACCGUGAGCAUCAGCGAGAGCCCAAGCAUCCUAGGCUAUGCUGUCAGGGAGCCGGCCAAGACUCUGGCGCUGGCUGCUGAGCCGGAGUCCCUGGAGAGUGAGGCUGGUGAGAAGUGGAGGAGGCCUUUCAGGUCUGCCUCCGCCACCUCCUUGACGCUGUCCCGCUGUGUGGAUGUGGUGAAGGGGCUUCUGGACUUCAAGAAGAGGAGAGGCCACUCAGUUGGGGGGGCCCCCGAGCAGCGAUACCAGAGCAUCCCUGUGUGUGUGGCCGCCCGGCUUCCUACCUGGACUCAGGAUGUGCUGGAUGCCCACCUCUCCGAGGUCAACGCUGUUUGUUUUGGCCCCAACAGCAGCCUCCUGGCCACCGGAGGGGCUGACUCCCUCAUCCACCUCUGGAAUGUUGUGGGAGGUCACCUGAAGGCCCACCAGACCCUUGAAGGAGGUGGCGGCAGCAUCACCAGUGUGGACUUCGACCCCUCGGGCUCCCAGGUAUUGGCAGCUACUUACAAUCGGGCUGCCCAGCUCUGGAAGGUUGGGGAGGCGCAGUCCAAGGAGACACUGUCUGGACACACAGACAAAGUGACAGCUGCCAAAUUCAAGCUAACGAGGCACGAGGCGGUGACUGGGAGCCGAGACCGGACAGUGAAGGAGUGGGACCUUGGUCGCGCCUACUGCUCCAGGACCAUCAAUGUCCUUUCCUACUGUAACGAUGUAGUGUGUGGGGACCAUCUCAUCAUUAGUGGCCACAAUGACCAGAAGAUCCGGUUCUGGGACAGCAGGGGGCCCCGCUGCACCCAGGUCAUCCCUGUGCAAGGCCGGGUCACCUCCCUGAGCCUCAGCCAUGACCAGCUGCAUCUGCUCAGCUGUUCCCGUGACGACACGCUGAAGGUCAUCGACCUGCGUGUCAGCAAUAUCCGCCAGGUGUUCAGGGCUGAAGGCUUCAAGUGCGGUUCUGACUGGACCAAAGCCGUGUUCAGCCCGGACAGAUGCUAUGCGCUGGCGGGUUCCUGGGAUGGAGCCCUUUACAUCUGGGAUGUGGACACUGGGAAACUGGAGAGUAGCCUUCGAGGACCCCACUGCGCUGCUGUCAACGCCGUGGCCUGGUGCUACUCCGGAACCCACGUGGUGAGCGUGGACCAGGCUAGGAAGGUUGUGCUCUGGCACUAGUGGCACGACCCCCUGCCCGGGCUGGAGCUCUAGUCUGAAGCCUGAAGCUGGAGGACAGCUUCCUACUGCUCCACCGGGCUCCAGGGUGGGGGUGCGGGGGCCUGGGGGGGUGGCCUCAGGGCCUUUAGUGGGGAAGAAGGCCUGGCAGGACCUGGCCUAUUUGUUUAAAAACUAAGUGUAGGCUGGAGGGAAUUACAGU